AAAUUCGAAUUGUUAAAAAUGCAAAUAGUUUGAAAAGUUGUCCAACUAAUAAUAUUGUUUCAGAUUUAUAGUUAUUUAAAAAAAAAAUCCCAUAUGGGAGGAAAAAGGUUUUUGUGAGAGCACUAGAUCUAAGCCAAGUCAAAGUUGUUGUGAAUACACUGUUCUAAAAUACGAAGUGUUGUGAAUUGUGAUCGCAGAAAUACAAUACAGGUGGCGAUGGAGAAAGGAGCAACCUUGAAAUCAAAGGGAAAGGAAGGUAGUUUUAAAGGGAAGGAUGACAGCUCAAUGAAGUCCAAGUAUGGAAGGAAAGUUCAUAUCAAUUUUGAAGGUUUCCCUGAACCUAAAACUCUUUCUUCACCAAAAUAUGUAGGGAAGGAUGACACUCCAUUUCCAAAAGGCUAUUCAAGCAAAGGGGGAAAAGGAGACAAAAUUGCUAAUGGUGGAAAGACCCCAGCUAAAGAACCACAACCACUGGAGCUUAACAUUGAGCUAGAGCUACCAGAAAAUGUCAAAUGCAUGAGCAUGAUGGAUUGUGAGGCUGCAAGUAUUUUACAAGGAAUCCAGGAUCAGAUGGUCACAUUAUCAAAAGAUCCAGAAUUGAAACUCCCUGUACCAUUUGACAAGGGACUGCAGUAUGCCAAAAGGGGUGUCCAUUAUACAAAUCCCCAGUCUGUUAGAAAAGUUCUUGAGACUCUCACAAAACAUGGCGUUUCCAAUAGCGAGUUAUGUGAGAUUGCCAAUGUUGGUCCAGAGUCUGUUGAUGAAGUUUUUUCUCUGGUUCCAUCCUUGAAGGCUAAGAGAAGCAAGCUUAGUGAACCCCUCAAAGGUGUACUAAGUGAGCUAGCUAAGCUUAAAGAGUCUGCUAGCUUGGCAAGUCAACUUGAGGAGGAAAGUCAACAUGGGGGAAAAUUCACAUGAGGAUUCCUUUGUGUGGUGAAGCAACAGCAGCUCUACUUGCAGUUAAGAUAGCAAUCCAAACGAAAUUUGAUUUUAUGAUCUUUGAUGGUUAUUCGACUUCAGUAUUAAAUGUAAUUAAUGGCAAUCUCUUUGAUGUUCCAUGGUUAAUCAAUGGUAUUGUAGCUGAUAUGAAACUUUUGUUAAAAGAACUGUGUAGCUUGGGAUUUGGUACACUUAUAAAUCCAUUAAUUUUGUUGCU